GCGAUUCUUUUCCCUCACUCAGCUCGAGCGGAGUCGCGUUCGUCUCUGAGGGAGGGUGCGCGCGCGCUCCCUCGCGCGCCCCCUCGCGCCGCCGCCGCUGCUGCCAGCUCAUGUCGUCACCGCCGGCGUCAUCCUCCCUCCCCGCCUUUCGUCACUUCCAACCUCUUCUUCCUCGUCCUCGCGCGAGCUCAGUUGGUUUCCCUCAGCCGAGGCAGCAGGUCCUCUUCCUCCUCCUCCUCUUCUUCUUCCCCCUUCCUCAGACUGUCACUCCGGUUUCGGGCUGUUCUCCGCGUAGAGAGAGCGGACGAGGCCGGCAUGUCCGGGCAACAACAACAACAGCAGCAGCCACCACCACCGGCUACGGCUCCCCCUCCUCCUCCUCCGCCUCCUCCUCCGCCACCACCUCAAGCGCCGGGCCACACAGGCCCGUCGCCGUCCUCGCUGUUGCUUCACCCGCCGCCGCCGCCGCCCGCCACCUCGGCCCCGCCGCCUCCCCCGCCGCCUUCUUCGGCCUCCUCAUCUUCCUCCUCUUCCAUGGCAGCCGGGAGCGGGGCCCCGUCCGCCUUCCCUCACGUUGGCGGCGUUGGCGUUGGCGCGGACCCGGCCCUGAACGAGCAGGAGAAGGAGCUCCAGCGCCGCCUCAAGCGUCUCUACCCUGCCGUGGACGAGGCGGAGACUCCGCUGCCCCGCUCCUGGAGCCCCAAGGACAAGUUCAGCUACAUCGGCCUCUCGCAGAACAACCUGCGCGUCCACUACAAAGGUCAUGGGAAAACUCCUAAAGAUGCUGCCUCUGUUCGAGCCACCCAUCCUAUACCUGCUGCUUGUGGAAUAUACUAUUUUGAAGUUAAAAUUGUCAGCAAAGGAAGAGAUGGUUAUAUGGGAAUUGGCCUCUCUGCUCAAGGUGUGAAUAUGAACAGAUUACCAGGUUGGGAUAAGCAUUCAUAUGGUUACCAUGGAGAUGAUGGACAUUCAUUUUGUUCUUCUGGAACUGGGCAACCGUACGGGCCAACAUUUACAACUGGUGAUGUCAUUGGUUGCUGCGUAAACCUUAUCAACAAUACCUGCUUCUACACAAAGAAUGGACAUAGUUUGGGUAUUGCUUUCACAGAUUUGCCGCCAAACCUGUAUCCUACAGUUGGACUUCAAACACCAGGAGAAGUGGUGGAUGCUAAUUUUGGGCAGCAUCCAUUUGUGUUUGAUAUUGAAGACUAUAUGCGAGAAUGGCGAACCAAAAUUCAAGCUCAGAUUGACAGAUUCCCGAUAGGAGAUCGGGAAGGAGAAUGGCAGACAAUGAUUCAAAAGAUGGUUUCUUCUUAUUUGGUACAUCAUGGAUAUUGUGCAACAGCAGAGGCCUUUGCAAGAUCUACUGAUCAAACUGUACUAGAAGAAUUAGCUUCCAUUAAAAAUAGACAAAGAAUUCAGAAACUGGUUUUAGCAGGAAGAAUGGGAGAAGCCAUUGAAACAACACAACAACUGUAUCCAAGCCUACUAGAAAGAAAUCCUAAUCUUUUAUUUGCUUUGAAGGUACGCCAGUUCAUAGAAAUGGUCAAUGGUACAGACAGUGAAGUGCGAUGUCUAGGGGGUCACAGUCCAAAAUCUCAAGAUAGUUAUCCUGUUAGUCCUCGGUCGUUUAGUAGCCCCAGUAUGAGCCCCAGUCAUGGAAUGAAUAUCCACAGUCUAGCAACUGGCAAAGGAAGUAGCACACAUUGUUCUGGUUUUGAAAGUAGUUGCAGUAAUGGAGUGAUAUCAAACAAAGUACAUCAGUCCUAUUGUCACAGUAAACAUCAGUCUACGAGUUUGAAUGUACCAGAACUCAAUAACAUAAAUGUAACCCGAUCACAGCAGGUUAAUAGCUAUUCUAGCAAUGAUGUAGACAUGGAAACAGAUCACUACUCCAAUGGGGUUGCAGAGACGUCAUCCAAUGGCUUCCUAAAUGGUAGUUCUAAACAUGAUCACGAAAUGGAGGAAUGUGACACAGAAAUGGAGGUUGAUUCCAGUCAGUUGAGACGCCAACUGUGUGGAGGCAGCCAGGCAGCCAUUGAAAGAAUGAUUCACUUUGGCAGAGAAUUGCAAGCCAUGAGUGAACAACUCAGAAGAGAGUGUGGUAAAAACACAGCAAAUAAGAAGAUGCUUAAAGAUGCAUUUAGUUUACUUGCAUAUUCGGAUCCCUGGAGCAGUCCCGUGGGAAACCAGCUGGAUCCCAUUCAGAGGGAGCCUGUGUGUUCCGUUCUCAACAGUGCAAUACUAGAGACACACAAUCUACCAAAGCAGCCUCCGCUUGCACUUGCAAUGGGACAAGCUUCACAAUGUCUAGGAUUGAUGGCCCGCUCAGGAAUUGGAUCCUGUGCAUUUGCCACAGUGGAAGAUUAUCUACACUAGCUAUGCAUAUGAAGAUAUCUGAGGUGUGUUAUAUGGCAUAUAUUCAACAUGAAAGUAGACCAGCUCUGCCAACUGGGAGUUUGGAUUUUUUAAAAUUAUGUACUAAGGACAGGUCUGUUGCUUUACAUUGCUUCCUAGUUUACAGCAUGAUGCAAAUGAUUUUCUAAACUACUGUUAGGAGAAGUUUUCCAUCUUUAACCGGAGUAAAAUAUCAUCAGUAACAUCAGAUCAACAAAUCCUUGAAUUGUUCCAAACAAACCAAAAAGGCCCUACCUCCUGAAAGAUAGGGUCAAAUAGAUAAUGUUGUGGAUGUGUUAGUAUGUGGGUGACGUAAACUUCAAGCAGGAUAAUUUGCCAACUUUCACCCCCCAUUAUUACAUAGAUCAAUCAGUGUAAUUUGCAAAAUGCAUAAGUACCUGACAGUUUGGCUGUAUAGUAUUGAUGGGAAGAAAUAUUUUUAAUGUGUACUGUAAAACUUGAAAUACUCAGGAGCUGAGUGAAUAUGUUUGUUGCUACUUAAAAUCUCAACCUGUUUCCUAGUGGUUUUUGUUUUAACAUGGUCUUUUCAACUCUAUUUCCUGUUUAAUUGCAGACAACUUUUGUUGUAGACUCACCUGUUUAACUGUUGUAUUAUAACAGUAUUACAUGUCAACACAGUGUGGUUAUGGCCUAUUUAUAUAAAACCAAAUAUUUAGUCAAUUUCAGUCUUAAUUUAAUCUUUGUACACCCUGCAUUUUAAAAAGUGCUUAAAUGAGUACUCUAUUGCAAUAAAAUGUAGUGAUAUCAUCAUUAACCAGCCAUUAAAUACUUCUACUUAUGGGA